AUGGAUUUCACUUCAGAUAUCACCAGUGAACACAGUAGUGUGAGCGAUGGAGGAAUUAAUGCUGGUUUGGACCAAUCAAGCGAAUUAGAUUCAGUUCUAAUGGAUGAAAAUGAGAAAAAGUUCCUGAAGUUACAAGAAGAGAAGGACUUGCUACUGAAAAGGCGUGAUUCUCUGAUUAAUGAAGUUGAUACGUUGAAAAGAAAGCUCGAGGAAACUCCAGAUUUAGUUGAAGAGCCCAACAUUGCCUCUGGCGUUGAUCAGAAUGCGGCAAAUAUUUUGAUUGAUUUGAUGUUAUUGUCAUCAUCGAAAUCGUCACCAAUAUUCGAUGAGGAAUCUGUCGAUAAGAUUCGUUCGAUUAACGGGAAUUCAAGUUUGCAAGAGGAGUUGAAGAUGAAGUUUGAUACGCUACCACUAUUAAAUAUGAAAUUGCGAUUGCGAUAUUUACAGAAGCUUUUAUAUCCAAAUCUUCAAUUGAGAGUGACCCGAGAUAAGGAUGGUAGUACAAGAGAAAUAGAGGUUGUCGUUGUUGAUUGUCAAUUUAAGAAAUUUAAUAAGAAUGCUCCCAUUAAAUUAAAUUUUGAGAUGCAAUAUGAUUCGAAACAAGAAAAAUUACUUGAUUUUAAAAUCAUGGAUGUGUCUAAUAAUGUGAAAUUAGAACUGAGUUCUGCCAUAAGGAAAUAUAAGGAGAAUCCAACCAUUUUACUAUUUUAUUUUACUGAAUAUGAUAGAAUACUUUACAUGAGACAAAAAUUGAUUGAAGAAAUUAUUAAGAAACAUUCAAUAUAUAUUAAAGAUGUCAUCGAUGCUAUAGAUUAUACGAAUGGAAAAAUUACUCUUAAAUUGAGUUCUCAGAAUGAGUUACAUAUAAUAUUUGAAAUUACAUCUGAAGAUGGAUACAUUAUUCCAAAAUUGAGGAUAAAAUUUGAAAUUUUUAAAAAAAAUGGUCAAAAGGUUGUGAACCCAAACGUAAAUGAUAUAUUUAAUUCAUUAAUAAAAGAAUAUGGAUUAAUAAAAUCAAUUCAUGAGAUUAUUAGGCUAGUGGUAGGUUACUAA